AUGUUCUACCUGCUGAAGAAUGUGAUGCCUGGAUUGGUAGAUGUUCAAAACACCACGCAGGAGGCGGUGGAGAGGGAGGUGGGACGGCUUCGAAUUGUAAGGAUCAACGAGAUAGAGAGUAAUAAGGGUUCAACAGCUUACUCUAGCCAUGGAUGCUCACACUGGAUCUAUUGCUUGGUGCUUGCUCUUGCAACUUUUAGGCAUGUACCACGAUCUGCAACCAUAAUUCAACUAUGCGGGCAGGACAGAUGGGCCAGUGUUCACCUUGACUCAUCUCAUGCUUCUCAAACUUUGAAUAGACCAUUGCUGAUGCUAUCCAAACAGCUUCCUGCAGGAAAGAAUCUUAUUGAACUCAGUCGUACUCAAGAUGAAGAAUGUGGUGUCAGUAUGACCAGCAUUAUCAUCCUCAAUCUGGAGAAAUUCUCACUCAAUCCCUCUUGCAGCUCAAACACAACAUCCUCCCUGUUAUCAUCAUUUCCGCCUAUAACAAAGCUCUCAAAUAAGUCCAUUCAAGCUCAGCACACUGUUACCUGGGAUGAUGCUGGGGACAGGAGUGUUGACAUCAAGCACUGUGCAGAGUACAGAUGUUUGCUCAAAGUCAAGCCCGAUGAGGGCGAGGAAUGA